GUCCCAGAGAGCAGGGUGAUCUGGUGCCUCCCCCAGUCCUCUGCCAUUUUCGACGGCAGGACCCCUCCCCAAGGGAGGGUUUCCUACAACCCCUUCGAGGGCCGCCUCCUCUCGCCCCCACCCCAACCCAACUACCAGCAGAGCCUACAGCGCAGGUCAGUCGACCUCCCCAAACCUCAAAGGGCGGGUUUUGAGUUCUCACGCUGCCGCUCCCUGACCGCGAGAGCAGGAAGGGGCGCCCCACCCCUGCACCCUGCGCGGGGCGGCGCUUCUCGGAAAGCAAGAGCGGGCGGAGCGAGUGGAGCCACAGAAGAAGGGGAAACCGGGACAGCGACGCGAUCCGAGGCUAUCUCUCGGCAAGCAUGGCUUUGUGCCUCCCUGGUGGGGGCUCUUCGCCCCCCGCCGUCUCCAAGUCCUCUCUUCCCCUCGCUGCGCUCAACGUGCGAGUGCGCCGCCGCCUGUCGCUGUUCCUGAACGUGCGGACGCAGGUGGCGGCCGACUGGACGGUGCUGGCAGAAGAGAUGGGCUUCGACUACUUGGAGAUCCGACAGCUGGAGACGCGUCUGGACCCCACCGGCAGCCUGCUGGACGCCUGGCAGGGGCGCCCCGGAACGUCAGUGGGCCGGCUGCUUGAGCUGCUCGACAAGCUGGGCCGCGAGGACGUGUUGGUGGAGCUGGGGCCCAGCAUUGAGGAGGACUGCCAAAAGUACAUUUUGAAGCAGCAGCAGGAGGAGUCUGAGAAGCCCUUGCAAGUGGCCAGAGUAGACAGCAGUGUCCCACGGACAGAAGAGCCUUUUGGCAUCACCACACUUGAUGACCCACUGGGCCAGGUGCCAGAGCGAUUUGAUGCCUUCAUCUGCUACUGCCCCAGUGACAUCCAGUUUGUGCAGGAGAUGAUACGGCAACUGGAGCAAACAGACUAUCGGCUGAAGUUGUGUGUGUCUGACCGUGAUGUCUUGCCAGGCACCUGUGUCUGGUCCAUCGCCAGUGAGCUCAUCGAGAAGAGGUGCCGCCGGAUGGUGGUGGUGGUCUCAGACGAUUACCUCCAGAGCAAGGAAUGUGACUUCCAGACCAAAUUUGCUCUCAGCCUCUCUCCAGGUGCACAUCAGAAGCGACUGAUCCCCAUCAAGUACAAAACAAUGAAGAAAGAGUUUCCCAGUAUCCUACGGUUCAUCACUGUCUGUGACUACACCAACCCCUGCACCAAGUCUUGGUUCUGGACCCGCCUUGCCAAGGCCCUGUCCUUACCCUGAAGAUAGCUCUGGGACCCUCUUGGUACCUGCAUCUGUCUGCCUAUCUGUGCUCUUCUGCCCCCACCCCUUCUGUGUUUGUAGGGGGAAUCUGUGCUGUACAUGCCUCUUCAUCCUAGGGGUGCCAGCUGCCGACACAUCUGCAUGGACACCAUGUCUUAGGUCUUGCAUGAAACCAGUGGCUGCAAGUGGCCAGGGCAGUGAUGAACAGGAUCAGUUGAGACUAACUGGAGGACCAGCCACGCCAACUCAAAGCCAUUCAUACAUCUUCAACCUGACUUUCCCCAUCUGAGAAAUAGGAUGUGGGGCUCAGGUAGUCAGGUACCUUUGAAUCACUGCACAAAGUGGUGAAGCGGUGCCCUGGAUCUUUGCAGGAGACCUGGCCUCUCCAAAACUACAUAAUGACUGUUACCAGAACUAUGGGCCAGCUGGUACCUUGUUGCCAUCCCACAUCUUCCUCCCUCCUCUUUAUAGGGCAGAUGGGGAAGCAGGCCAAUCCCAGUGGGGUAUACCAUCUUGAGCCUGGUUCUCUAAUGGGGCCUCCUCUCAUCUGGAUCUUUGACUCCUCCUAGCCUCUGCCCUGCCUUCAGCAGUGACAAGUCCCCAAGAGCCCUGAACAGUCCCUUGAGCAUCUAGGGACACUUUUUACUUCCACCUGCCCAGAUACCUGUGAGCACACCUGUUCUUUGGAGCCCAGGAUGGGAUUCUGGCCUCUGGCAUAUCCAUCAGAUACGUGCUCUGGGGCUGGGUCACCAGGGCAGUGUCCCAUGGACCCUUCCUCCCUGGGCCACCCGUAGAGAGCUCCCUUGAUCACCUUGUUUGUUGACAAGCACAAGAGUGUUCCACCCCAAAGCUUAUGGGUCCCCGGCCACAUACCAUCUUGCACACAGACACAGGUAAAUGCAUAAUGCAUCUCCCAUAAGUAUGAAUCUGGGGACCUGACCAUGUUUCUGAAUAAAAAUGGGGCACUUUUGAUUCCUCUUCUCUACUCAUUGAAACCAAACUCUUCAGUGAAGUCCAGGCAGAGAAGGAGGGCUGCUCAGCUUCACACAGGAAGUGGGCUGUAGGCCUGGCUGUUUUCUCCUCCGUGAGGCAGUUUGUACAUUCCCAUCAAGCUGUGUGUCUGGGAGAAAAUAUCAUGGUCCCAGGUUUCCGUGUCCCAGGGCAGAUUCUAGAAUCCCACGUCAAUAGUAAGUAAGUGUCUUCUUUUCUCUGCCUUCAGCCAGGCUGAAAACAAGGUACUUUCUUCCCUUGUGUUGGGAAGGAACGGAGGCCUAGUCUACACGGUCUUGUUGAAGCACUUAGAUGCCGUGCAUCUGUCCCCCUUUAAUAUUGGGCAUUUUAAAGCAAUUUGGAGAUAGGAUCUUUACACCUGUUUUAUGUGCUUCAUAAGAAUUUCAAAGACAUCUGAGAAAUGUCCAUGUUUGUCAUUUCUCCUUCUGUAUUCCUGGUUUAUAAUAAA